AUGCUCCAUCUGCUAAGGAUACUCGCUCCAGUGACGGGAAUGACUGAGCUAGCUUCUGUACAUCAAGACACAUGCAACGGCCAGAGUGAUGUAACUCGCAGCUCGGAACCGAGCUGGUCUACAGACCCCUACCUCAACCAAAGCGAUAGUAGCCACCAAGCAGACGAAACCCAGAUACAAGCAACGGACGACUAG